UGAAAGCUCACACAAUAUAGAGCUAAACAAAAUUGCAAUGAAUUCUAAUUUACAAGUUGUUGUGGAGCGUUUGGAAGACACAAUAAAUAUGGCCCAAAAGUCUUUGAAUAAUCACUCAUUAUCUGAAGGAUGCAAGGCAUCCAAGAAGUUGAUAGAAGUUAAUGGUAAAGAUCAAACUGCAGGUAGAAAUGUGACUCUUACUGUAAGCAGAAUGACAUGCAAAGAGCAGAGUUUAUCAAAAUCUGUGGUAGCAGCCAGCAAUAUCAAAAGCAAUCCUAUUCCUACAAUAGAUUUGAAUAGCAAAAGACUUGAUAAUCUGGAAAAGACAUCUAUUUUGGAUACGAGUAGCUUGAUUUCCAAUGUUCAAAGUGUGUCAACAAAAUAUGAAGCCAUUGAACGCUCUUCUUUUUCCAGCUAUUCUAGUCCUAUCAAACUCAUGUUUUUAUCUGAGGUUAAAAGCAGUGAAGGAGUCAAAUACACUUUAACUUCAGUUGGUACUUCCAAGUCAAAUAUUGAACUUCCUUCUGAAAAAUAUCUAACUCAUCAUGUAAUUGAAAAAAAAACAGUGACAAAUAAUGUCCCAAAUGCUAACUUUGAAAAGUAUAGUUCUAAUCUUAAUGAUAGUGACACUCUACAGGGAGAACUAAACAAAUUUAAUUGUGCAAAAGAAACUACAGAAUCCCCUGCAAUGUUCAUAGAUGGUAUGAAUAGUGAUAUGCCACAAGAUGAACCUAAGGAAAAUCCAAGCAAUGGUAUUGAUUCAUCUUUUAAACGGAAACCAGGUAGACCUAAAAAAAUAGGUCCCCAGGUUGUGCAACAAAUUAAGCGGCCAAUUGGAAGACCACCAAAACCUAAAACUAAUCAAACAGACAUCACCAUUUGCCAAAACGAGUCUUCUAGUGCUGGAAAGAAAAGUCCAGAAUCUCUCCUAUCAGAAGUAGGAGAAAGUAUUUAUAGAAAAAGUAUUACCGUAACUGUUAUUUAUGGAAGGUCAAGAAGAACUAGAAGGCAUGUUUCUGAAGGAACGGUAAACAUAAGCAAUGUGUUAUCUUUCAGCAAUAAUGUUGCUGAUAUUCCAACUGAAAGUAACAGUCUCAGAAAUAUUAGAGAAUACAAAAUUGAUGCAGGUGAAAGAAGGGCUGUUUCAAGUUUAACUACUGGAAGUGAGGUCUUGGGGUCUGGCUUUGAAUAUGUUAGGCCUAUCAAGAACAGGUCUGUGAUACCUCAACCUUCUAAGAACAUUAUUCGACCAACUCAGAAGCCUUUUGCUAUAAUUAGGAAGCCUGGUAGACCUGCAAAAGUGAAAAUCUCUGGCAUAUCUGUGACUAUUAAUAGAGUUUCACCUCAGGAGAGAGAAGUAAGUAUUAGCAGCUGCUUACCUCCUUUACAACAAGAAAAUAUAUUAGAAAAAAAUCUGGCUGAAGAAAAGUAUGAUCACCAAUGCAAUAAGAUGGAUACAGGGCACACCAAAGCUGACACAUUUAAGAAUGGAUCAAAAAGUAUGGUUGCUACUAUACCUUUGAGACAUUCUAUUAGAGAUAGAAAACCAUCUCUCCAUUUCUUACAUCCAUUAGCAUCUUCUAGCUCACUUAUUUAUAGAAAUGCUCUGUUCCGUAAAUCAUAUAAACUCCAUUUGCAAAAGGGUAAAAGUCAGAAGGAAAAACAUAAGCAGUCAAGGAUAAAAAUAGUUUCGAAAGGUACCCCAGCAACCAGAAAUUCAAGGAAUGAAAAAAUGUGUUUGGAAGAUAACAAAUUAAUACCCAUUUCUGAAGUAUCCUUGGACCCAAUAAUUUCAUCAAAUCCUUUGCUCAGGUGGUGGGCUGCUUCUACAUCAAACGAUUCCUUAUUAGAGGAAUUAAACAAUAGAUUUGAGCAAAUAACAAAUGCUUGGGUGCAAGUGAGUGGAGAUGAAGCUGGAAAUUAUGCUCAUAAAAAGAGAGAACACAUUGAAAAUGAUAAUUUCAAAAUAGCAAACCCUUUGGAAACCUGUCUUUUAGAACUUGAAGUUUCACCUGUAAAAAUGCUUUUUCGGAAAAAGUAUGAUUUGAAUGAACUCUGUAUCUGGUUUAUGCAAACAACAGAAACACAGUCUCUUUCACUAGUUAGAAAAGCAAAUGCUCGAAACCCUUUGGAAGUAAUAAAUACUAGAGGAAUUAAGUUAGGGACCAAAUAUUCUAAUUUUAAUACCAGCCCCUUCAGAAAGCACUUUAAAAAAUUUGCACUAUCUUCUCCUUCAAAAUCUGCAGGGAAGUUGCAUAUACUGCAUAAAAUGGUUAGCUCUCCGCUGUUAAAUGUGAAAAAUAAUUUAACGUUAGCUAGAUUAAAAAGAACUGAGUUUAAGAGGUUGCAGCAUGAAAGGUGGAAAAGAGAGGGAAAGCUGCACAACCAUGGAACAAUUGAUUGGAUCUCUAAAAGGAAAAACUUAAGAUUUUUCUGCCAGAACCAGUUUUUAAGUAAGACUGAGGAGGGAACAAAUGCCGAUAUCCCACUCCGAGGAAAAAACACAAUAGCUAAUCAGUUUAUUUUGCCACCUGAGAUCAGGGAGAACUCUUUGCAACAGAAGGUGGCAAUGUCUGACUUGAAAACACAUGCUAGUUUAGAGAAUAAUUUUAAGUCAGAAGCAAAAGAGAAUGGAACAAGUUGCAGCCAAAAAGAUUUUGAAAAGGGACCAAGACUAGGAAAUGUGUGUCCAAAUAAUUGGAAGUCAAAAACCUUAAAAGAUUGUAGAAUAUUUUUGAGGAAGAUCAACUAUCUUGAACACAGAAAUACUUUUAAGCUAAAUACAAUCAUUUACUCUCCUGAAUCUAUUGACAGUGGAAGUAAUCCUCAGACUCACAGAGAAGAAUCAAAGCGCUUUACCUUAAGAUCCCAUUCUGCUAGGCAAAAUUCUUUUAAAAAGCAGUCUAAAGAAAUGGAAAAUGCUAAAACAAAUAGUCCUUCAAUCGAUAAAUUUCCCAGCCAACUUGACAAUAGUAAAUUAAAUAAAUGUGUUAACUAUGACAAGAAUCCUGAUAGUUCUGAUGUUCUUAGCAAAUUGAACAAAAGAAAAAGACCACCAUGGAAGACCACAGAAAUGUCAACAAAAAGGCAUAAACGACAGUCCUGCAACAGUGGACAAAUGGCAAACUAUUAUUCAAAAUCCCAACUAGCAUGCUACAAAUGAAAACUGAUGAGAAAUUGAAUUUGUCCGAUGGGAAUACAGCAAGUUGCCCUUUGAGCCCCAUUAAGAUGUGCCUUAAUCGUCCCAUUGAAUGGAAUCUGAAUUUGACAGCAGCAUCUCUAGCGAGCUGUACAGUUCAUAACCAAAAUCUCAAAAGUGAAGAGAAAUAGAUUGCGGUUCUUCUUGCACUAUCCUUAUUUUGUACAUCAGUAUUCUUUCUGCAUUUAUCAUUUGAUCUUGAAAUAUUUCUAGUCCUGUGAUGUCUUUAUAUCAAUUCAUUAGCAUUAGUCAUUUUGAUUAUAAUUCUUUGUAUGUUUUUUCGCGUUUUACACCAGACCAUUGUGGAAUUUUACAGUACAAAUGGAUUUUGAUGUUUC